GAAUGAUGUAUAUAUCGGUGGACAGAACAUUGAUUGUUGUGUGAGUCGGUUAAUCGAAGAAAAAGUUGAUGGCGGAAGGGGAGAUAGGUCAGGAGCAGCAGAAGAACAAAGUGAUGGUUGCUAUAGACGACAGCGAAAACAGCCUCCACGCUCUUCGCUGGACUCUCCACAAUUUUAUCCAGCGCAACCGUAACAAUCCGUCGCCGUCCGCCAUUGAUUCCGACGUCUUCAUCUUCACUGUACAGCCGCUUCUUCAUUAUAGCUUUGUCCAUGCCGCUUCCUUCGGCUCUACGCCAGCGGAAUUAAUGAAUUCCCUUGGGGAAAAUCAGAAAAAGAUGGCUGAUGCUCUGCUGGAAAAGGCCACCAAGCUCUGCACUCAAUAUGGGAUUACUCCAGAAACCGGCACAGAAGUAGGUGAUCCCAAAGAGGCAAUAUGUGAAGCAGUGGAGAGGCUUAAUGUCCAUUUGCUUGUCUUGGGAACUCAUACUCGUGGACCUCUCCAAAGGGCUUUUCUUGGAAGUGUCAGCAACUACUGUGUUCACCAUGCCAAGUGUCCUGUUCUUGUUGUGAGGAAAACAGCACAGGAAUCAACCUAGCUAGGUUAUGCUCCCACGUACGAAACAUGAAUACAAACAAUGAAGAGCUUUCUUGUGGUGGUUAAACUUUGAAUGUUGGUAUAUGGUGAUUUAUCAUCCUUAGCUUGAUAUAUAUGUUAUCUGGUGUGCAUAUAAUACUUAAUUACCUUCCAUGUAUAUAUGUGUAAAAUGAUUCUGUAAUAUGGAUAAAAAUUGUGCUUCUACUUUUGCUU